GUGGGCCGGUGUGUGAUUAAUUGAGCCCAUAGGCGGCGAAAGGAAAGGAAAGGAAAAAGAGUAUAUUAGGCGUUGUUGAAGUAUGUGUUUUUCAACUUUGGGUUGGGUGGGUCUGACCCUAGAUUUCAUCUCUCAAUGGCCUUCUCUUCUUUUCUCGGCAGAGUCCUCUUCGCUUCGCUCUUCAUCCUCUCCGCUUACCAAGAAUUUAGUGCCUAUGGAGUUGAUGGGGGACCCGCAGCAAAAGCACUCAGACCGAAGUUUGAUGCCUUUACACAUCAAGUACAUUCUAAAGUUGGCUUCCAACUUCCAGAUAUUGAUAUGAAAUUUUUAGUUGCUGGGGCUAUUGCUCUCAAGGGCAUUGGAGGGAUUCUAUUCAUACUCGGCAGCUCUUUUGGAGCUUUCCUUUUGCUUUUGCAUCAAAUGAUUGCUACUCCGAUACUGUAUGAUUUCUACAAUUAUGACAGCGAGGACAAAGAAUUUAUUCAGCUUUUCAUCAAAUUUACUCAGAAUAUGGCCCUCUUCGGGGCUUUGUUGUUUUUUAUUGGGAUGAAAAACUCCAUUCCUAGAAGGCAACACAAGAAGAAGGCUCCCAAAACCAAAACCUAUUAGUUGAAAGGAGUUCUCGGAUUGUUCUUGGUUGCUCGUCAUACCCAUUUUCCAAUUCUCCAGGAUUUGGCUUAGAUGUCUCUCUGGUUCCGAACAAAUGCAAUGGAUUAUAUUUAAUUUAUAGUUAUUUUUAUAUGUAUGUUAUUUUUUCGUAUGCUUGACGUUAGGAACUAUGUUUCGAUUACUAAACUUGUAUACAAAGAGGGGGGAAAUGAUCGGAGCCUGUUCAUUCAGACUUGGUGCCAAUUUUGUUUUGUCUAGCGAAUUUGAUCCAAAGGUAAAGUCUGGCACUUGCAGUCGCUAUUGAACUAAGCUAAAUUUCUCCACGUUGGCACAUUGAUUUAAGCUCCCUGAUUUUAAUGUCUACGGUUCUCUACUUGGUUUGAUAA